UUACGAAACUAAAUGCAAGAAAGAUAUUAAAAAGCACCAACUGAAGCAUAACGAUCCUUUACAUGUUCAAAUAUACAGGUGUAACGACUGCGAUUUCAAAACUAUAUACAAGAAGAAUGUCAAACGACACCAACUGAAACAUAAAGAUCCUUCUCAGGUUGAGAUUUACAGAUGUAAUGACUGUGAAUACGAAACUAAAUACAAGGAUGAUAUCAAAGAGCACCAACUGAAACAUAAUGAUCCUUUAGAGGUUCAAAUGUACAGCUGUAAUGAUUGCGAUUUCAAAACUAUAUACAAGAAGAACGUCAAACGACACCAACUGAAACAUAAAGAUCCUUCGCAAAUUCAAAUUUACAGAUGUAAUGACUGUGAAUACGAAACUAAACACAAGGAAGAUAUCAAAAAGCACCAAGUGAAGCAUAGUGAUCCUUCACAGCUUCAAAUGUACGGGUGUAAUGACUGCGAUUUCAAAAGUAUAUACAAGAAGAAUGUCAAACGACACCAACUGAAACAUAAAAAUCCUUCGGAGAUUCAAAUGUACAGGUGUAACAACUAGCUGUGAUUACGAA